UGUCCCUCUACGGCCUGCCAGCGGACCAUGUGGAGCAGCAAGAUGGCGGUGCGGUGGAGGGGGAAAGACGGGGAGUUAAAUGCCGGGAACAGCGACUUUCUGACCAGCAACACUACCAAUGAGUUACUCCUGAGUAGACGUGACAUGGAAGCAGUGGAUAUGGACGCUCAGUCCUGCAUGGAUCACUCAAUCCUGGCCAUUUUUGAAGACUCCACUGUCACAUCAGAGGAUAAGAGUGGAGCGGAGGAGGAGAGAGAGACCCUGCUGUCGGCCCUGAGCGAGAUGUUGGACAGUGUGGAGGAUGAUGAUGUGACUCUGUCUCCCUUCGACACCCUGCCAGACACCAAGCUCCUCAUCCACCCAGAGUGCAGGGAGAACUCAGUGAGCCUUUCACUAUCUGAAAGACUGAGGUCAAGAUCCAAAACACCAAAUGUAACACUCUCGAUAAAGAUGGAUGCAGACGAGGAAGCGGAAAGCAAAUUGGAGAGAACCAACCCUUCACAUUUGUUCAAAAAACAAACAUUGAUCCACUCCCAGAAUAUGAAAGCAGAAGCUGAAGUGGAGAUCUUCACCUCCACUUCUCUGGUCAACCUGGUGAAGCUCAUGCACCCCUACUGCCUGAAGCUGCGUGUGGAGGAGGGGGACAAACUGAAGAACCAAACGUUCUCUCAGGAAGAGGUGUGGAAGUACGAGAGACCCAGUGAGGAGAGCGACGAAGAGAUAAAUGUUGUGUCUGAUGAAGAGGUGGAAGACUCAAAUAGGAAAGAUGAAAAGAGAGAUAAUGACAGCGUCUUAAAGAGCGCGCUGCUGAAUGGACCGUUAUCCAGAACUCCCCCAUCCAGAGAGAAGAAAAGGGUGAGCUUCGGCCCCGUUCAGGUGGUUUCACUCGAUGAAUUGGAGGAGGAGGAAUUAAACGAGAAAAAUCUAACAAUUCACAGUGUGUCAGUUCCACUGAACAACACCAAAGCAAAUGAAAACCCAGCAGGCUGCCCAUCUGAACCCCAAACACCGACCUCAGAAAUCAACAACAACAUGGCGGGGGUUUCACCACUUAAAGGUGAGACAAAGGUCAAGUCACUCAGCCUCCAAGAGUACAGACAGCUGCGGCAGAAGAGGCAGCCCCUGGUGGAGAAACAGGGGAACAACACCACCAAGUGGCCCUGCGUUUCUGAGCCCCCCACGGAGCUGACCCCCAUCUGUUUACACAGACAAAACAGCUGCUGUCCCCAGGCAGCGCACCAUCAUCCAGACAGUAGUAGAAGUGGUGCCGAUCAUAUAUCUCCAACUCCGCCCAGGCCUAACCCCUGCACUCAUGCACGUCGCAGCGGGUUAAAGCGUCCAAGAACUGAAUCCAAACCCGGCAGUCUGCAGCCAGACCUCACAGUCAAUCCAAAUGUUUCAGAGAGCAAAAAAAGUCCAGUAAAGAAGCCUCUCAGUAUUGAUCCACCGAACCCCGUCCUCCUCCCGCUGCCAGCCAGCCAAACAACAUCACCCACCACUGACCACUCUGCAUCAGAGUCCAAGUUGGAGUUCACCUGUAGAGACUCUGACAGCAUCAGGCACUUUCCCCAAAUUCAAACUGAAUCCUCAGGCACAUCGCCUCAUAUACAGCCACCCACCUCCUGGACGAGUCCUGAGGUGUUGUUAGUAAACCAGGGCUACUCCACCCUGUUCCAGGAAAUUAAAAACAAGCUUGCAGAGAUAGCCUCAGGUGUUACCUCCAGACCUCAAGCACUGUGCGCAACCACAACACAAACCAAAUCUUCCUCAGAGCUCCAAACACUGCAGCCUCAGAGAAGCAGUCCAAACCAGACGAUAGAAGUAAGGUUGCAACCAAAGAAUCCUCCGUCACCAGGUCCAGAUCCAGCAAGGGAAAUAAAGCAUCCUUCCCUCACAACACCGCCUAGUCCCGUAGAUGCUCCCACACCAGGAAAGGAGACGUUAUCAGAGGUUCCCCCCAGUUUUUCCGCUUUGGAGAAACCAGCCGACUCAGGAAUCGAAGCUCCCGAUCUGACCAGCCUGCUGGAACAGUUUGAAGAAACGCAAGCUCAAGGGGUGAGGGGUGGAGAGAAAGAGCUCAAACUUGCUACCUCAUCUUCAAACGUACUGACGGGUGGACCCUUGGACAGAAUUCAGCCUGCAGUGGAAGCACUUGAACCAAAUCCAAAACCCCUCAGGGACCCGCCACACUUCGCUGACAUCCCAGAGCCCCUCGGCACUGACAUCAUCCUCAGCACUCAACUUCCACCAGCAAGGCGCAAAAACCCUCUGUCCAAGGCCAUUCAGAUUAUCGACCCCCGUCCUCUCCCAUCCAAGAAGACGCACACGAACCUCCCUGAGCUCCCUGCUGCUCGUCUUUCUCCUCACAUGUAUUCAGCAGUGUUCAUCGAUCACGAUUACUGCGGGUCCACGGUAAGUGCUGCUCAGCACUGCAGAACCUCUAAACCCAAGGAUGAGCUAAAAGCGCCUAACGAAAUAAAGGUGACGACUAGUGCCUCAACUGCUGCUGCUGAAUGCAAAAAACAGACCUCUAGCUGUGACGUUAACCCCCCCAUAAGGGCUGUGGAUGACUCCGUAAAGACUAGUCGGCCCACAGACAAAGAUUUUUCAAAAAACACUGCCACCGAGCAAGACUGUAGUCCUGAGACACCCCCAUGCACUCUGCCCACACCUCCACCCAGCCCUCCUUCCAGAGGCAGGGAGAGGAGGAGAUAUCGAUCCCCUUGUUCAGACUCCAGCUCUGCUUCUUCAUCGUCGUCCUCCUCCUGCAGCUCUGCAUCUCCGUCUCCAAAAAGACAAAAGCGCCGUCACAAGCGUUCAGAGAGCAGUUCAUGUUCGUCGUCAUCCCCUUCCGUUUCCCGCUCCCCAACUCGCCGCUACAGGUGGUCUUACUCAAGAAGGUCGAAGUGUAGCAGGUCCAGAUCCAGAUCUUGGUCACAGUCCAGGUCCCCAUCCAGAUCAAGAUCACCGCGGGUUUACCGUGGGAAGCUGAGAGAUGUUUACAGCAGCAGAGAGUCCAGGAAGCUCCGGAGAGAGCACGAGAUCAGGAUACAGAAACUUAAAGCCAUAGAUGAGCGCAGGGUGGUGUAUGUCGGCCGCAUCUGCAGGUCCAUGACCCACGAGGAGCUGAGGGAGCGCUUCUGUCAGUUCGGAGAAGUGGAGUGUGUGUCGCUUCACUUUAGGGAUAGAGGCGACCACUACGCCUUCGUCACUUUCUACAACAUGGACGAUGCUUUCGCAGCCAUCGAUAACGGCGGCAAACUACGGAAACCCAAUGAGCUGCCGUUUGACAUCUGCUUUGGUGGAAGAAGACAGUUCUGUAAUUCCCAGUACGCCGACCUAGAUGCAAACAAAGAUGCAGAGCCUUAUCCUGUCAAGAGCAGGUUUGAGGACCUCGACUUUGAUUCGUUGCUGAAACAGGCGCAGAAAGGAAUAAAGAGUUAACGAGCCGUGUUGGAAGACAACACCAAGCUAGAUGUGGCAAAGAACAACAUAACAAGUUUUUAUAUCCUUGGACCUCAGAGACUUAUUGCGCAUACUUAUGUAGCAAACUUUUUUAUGUUAGUGUUUUCUCCAUGCUUGGACUCUUAAUACGCAUGCUGUUUCUAAUGUGUACAGUUAAUAUGUAAAGAUAUGUAGCACUGUUUAAUUGAUAGCAUGUUAGUGGAACCCACUAAACAUUUUUGUUAAAUUCAAUAUUGCUGAUAAUGUUUUGUAUAUUAGUAUAUGAAAAAUAAAAGAUAUAAGUUGUGUUUCCUCA